AUGGCCUCCAUCACCAGUCCGGGUAUGCCCCCCGUGGCGCUGGACUCCAUCACCCAGCAUAUCGGCAACACGCCGCUGGUGCGCCUCAACCGCCUGCCCCGCAGUCUGGGCAUCGAGGCCACCGUGUACGCCAAGUUGGAGUACUUCAAUGCCGGUGGCAGCGUCAAGGACCGCAUUGCUCUGCGCAUGAUCGAGGAGGCUGAGCGUUCAGGUCGCAUCAAGCCGGGCGACACCCUCAUCGAGCCGACCAGCGGGAAUACGUUCGUACCGUCCCCUUCGAGCUGA